AUGGUCUUGGUCGACUAUUCGGACUCUGAAGCUGAGGAAGAUCAGAAAGAAACCGUGAGGAUAAACCCAGCAAAUCCGGUUAAGAGCAGUAUCUCGGAGAGGAAGCGCAAAACUCCGCCAGAGCCAGCAGCAGACCUGCCUCCUCUUCCAGCUGGCUUCCAUAACCUCUACUCGACAGCAACAAGAGCAAGCACGCAGGAUGAUCCUAGCUUACAUGGAGGUCGGAAACGCUCAGUCCCACAUGUGGAAGGCAAUUGGCCGACACACGUCUAUCUCGAGUGGCAUCCAUCCCAACCAGAGUCGAACAGCAUUACCAACCUGAUUAAGAUUGUGAAUGUCCGCCAAACCAGUAAGCACAGUUCGGAAGGAGCUGAGAACGCCGCCCACUCUCUUCUCCAGUCCGACCUGUCCGCCGCUCUGCCGCUGCAUAUAUCCCUCUCGCGCUCGCUGGUCUUGCAGACUCCUCAGCGCGACCCCUUCCUCACUACCUUGACCUCCCACCUCCGGUCUUCCGCCGUGCGACCGUUCCGAGUUGCCUUCACCUCAUUGAAAUGGGUACCGAACUUCGAGCGCACCCGCUGGUUUCUCGUGCUUGGAGUACAGAAGCCGGAGCGAGAUGAGCUGAAUCGGCUCUUGAAGGCGAGUAACGACGCCGCCGCCACUCUUGGAUUACCACCCUUGUAUACCAAUGGCGGUUUCGCUGCUGGCGGAGAUCGGGAUGACGGAUCUGUGGGGAAGUUCCAGAAACCUACGCAGAUACGCGGAAGGCAAGUUGAACAGAGAGACUGCUCAGACGCUUUCCAUAUCAGCAUUGCGUGGAGUCUGGAAGCCCCAGAAGAGGAGUUGAGGGACCCUAUGACGCAGGGCGAGGUCGUGGCCAUCUUGGAGAGAGAAACCAGUAAGAUGCAGGUUUUAGUCGAGGUCGUGAAGGUCAAGAUUGGGAACGCGGUGCAUUCUUUGAGCCUUGCAACGAGAAAUGAUGCCAAGGAAAGAGGAAUUUUAGGCUAG